AUGAACGCAACACCCUCGUGUGGCGGCAACCUGGGACGCAACACCGCACAAAAACCUCUCCAAGUCCUUGAAGCAUCCUUCACAUCCGACACCAACAUGGAUCCGGCGCAACCUCUCCCGACGCAGGAAACGGGCUGGUCGAACAGAACUCCGUUCGUCUCCAAGUUCGAAGAAAUACCUUCCCUCGUCUCUUCCUUCGAGAUGGAGACUAAGAAGCAGGAGCACCAGGCCUACACUGGUCUCCAACUUCCGUCUCGCCAUGACACCAUUCAACCCGACGACGAGCCGGUUCCUUACCACAACCACCCUGUUCCAACUACGCCAUUCCAAAGCGAGCCCUGGGCAUCUUGGACACAGAACGAAAUGGACCCGUGGCGCCCGCAGCUUCCCCCGAGGACCCGUUCCAUAUCCCGGACUACAUCUACACGGACUGGCAGUACUCGCAGAAUAUGGGCAACGGCUUGA